AUGUUCGUUAAAAACCUUAGCGUUCAAACUGGUAUAUCGGAAUCAGUUCUUCGAUUAUUACUUUCGAUUUUAUUCGCUUACCCAAUAUCUCUCUUUUAUAAAUUGACACUUGUUCGCCCUUUAAAAACAAAAUGGGCACCACUCAUUCGUAAUCUUUACGUUGUCAUUACUGGCCUUUCCCUUUCUUAUUUUUACAAUGGACCUUAUAUUAAACAUUCAUUGAUAACUACUUUUACAACCUGGCUAUUCUGCUAUUUCGGAAAUCUUUUCGGGAAUCGAGCUUUCUCUGCCGUUGCUUCCCUUCUCUUCAACGUGAUCUACCUUAUGGUAGGCUAUUACAUGACCUCAACUGAUGAAUAUGAUGUCAGCUGGACUAUGACACAAUGCGUUCUUUGUUUAAGAAUGAUAGGAUUUGCCAUGGAUUUCAUGGAUGGCGAAAAAUUAUUAAAGUCAAAGCCGCCUGUUAAUGCUAAAGAAAAUAGCGUUAAUGCUAAAGAAAAUAGCGUUAAUGCUAAAGAAAAUAGCGUUAAUACUAAUGAAAAGAACAUUGAUACAAAAAACAAUUCACAAAAAACUGAACUUUCAGCCAAUACGCGUCCUCAAAAACAACCGAUCUCAUUUGAAAAGAAUAUUCAACUAGCAACAUUACCAUCUUUAAUUGAAACUAUUGGAUACGCGCAUUUCUUUGGUGCUUUCCUCAUUGGACCACAAUUCUCUUUUCAUCUUUACAGAAAAUUCAUUACCAUGUCAUUAUACCCUGAUCCUACAAAUAUUCCUUCAGGAUCUUAUUGGUAUGCGUUGAAAAGUUUCUUGCUUGGUGCUCUAUAUUUAGGAAUGCAACAAGUUGGAGCAGGAUACUUUCCGCAAUACUAUUUGAUAACUGCUGAAUAUGCAAGAGCGUGCGUUCUAUCAGGAAUUUCUUUUAAUGGCUAUGACGAUAAUGGCAAUGCCGAAUGGAACGGUAUGGCAAAUGUUGAAAAGUGGAAUUUUGAAUUUGCUACAUCUCUUUCACAAAUCAUUGGAACUUUUAACACAAACACCAAUUUAUGGACAAAACUUUACAUAUUUAAACGACUUAUCUUUCUUGGGAAUAAACAACUAUCUUCCAUAAUAUCAUUAAUAUUUCUCGCACUUUGGCAUGGUCUUCAUGCUGGUUAUUAUAUUUGUUUUAGUUUAGAAUUUGUUGACAUAGAAGUUGAAAAACGAUGGGCUAAACGAUUAGAAAGAUAUACUAAACCAUUAUAUCUUCCUCAAAAUAAUUCUAAUUUAAAAUUUAAAAUUUUGAAAUAUUUACAUAUGUUCAUUGGUUGGUUAGGUCAAUCUUCUGGAUUACAAUAUGCUAUCGUUUCGUUUGGUUUAUUGAAAUGGGAUUAUGUCUUUGCUGCAUAUAAUUCUGUAUAUUGGAUAGGACACAUUGUAGUUUUUGGUUUAUUGUUUCUUGAUAUCAUUUUACCAAAACCAAAAGUUAAAAAAGUUUCUGAAAUUAAUGAUGUUGCUAAGGUUGAUAAAAAAGUUAAUGGUGUUGCUAAGGUUGAUAAAGAAACCAACGGUUUCACUAAACUUGAUAGGGUUAAUGGAUAUAUUAAAAAUGACGCAAAAAUCGAAAGAUAG